CUAGGAGCAAGAUGAGAUGUCAAAUAAUUAGCGAAGCCGGAGGGAGGUACGAAUUUUGAAUGGAUUUGCGUUGUUUGCUCUUCGCGGAUCCCCCACCGCGACCGGCCGAGCUCCAAGCUUCAUCAACCAAAAGAACAUCAUCCUUUUCAUUAUCAUCAUCAUACUACACUCUGCGCUCAACAUCAACUGCUCCUGUGCCUUUACAGAACUAUGAUCUAGCACAACAUGCGCUUCCGAACCAAGCUCACCAACGCGGAGACCUUCUCCAAAUUAACCGCCUCGCUCUCUUCCCUGGGCAAGACCUGCUGGAUGCGAUUAGAGCCAGGGAAUAUCCGCUUCACCAUCAUCCCCGAUCAAGGCACCCAAGUAUGGGCGCAGUUGCCUAUUGACGCCAUCUUCGACGAAUCGACCUACGUCCUCGAAUCCAACUCCGGCGGCAUCAUCAACCUCGAAGUCCCGAUCGGCGCCCUCCACCGUGCCCUCCGCUCCGCCGUCGACGCCCAAUCCGCCCAACUCCGCCUCACCCAGAAGGGCCGCAUUCCGCUCCUGGCACUGACCAUCCGCACGCUGUCAUGGGCGCCCGGCUCCAACGCACUGGGCAUCACGGGGCCUGCUGACCCGGGCAACACCAACAAUCCCGCAAAUAAUACUAACAGUACUACUACUAGUGACCGUCCCGCCGGCGGGCCGGGCCCUACUUCCACCUCCGCCUCCACCACCGCGACGGCCACCUCCUCAACCCGCCCCGGCCGCGAACGUGAAACCGUCAUCACGCAAGAGAUCCCCGUCAAGGUGUUCCACGAAUCCGCCGUCGAGGGCCUCCACGAACCCCGCUGUCGCGAUCCAGACGUGCACAUCAUCCUGCCCAACCUCAGCCAGUUGAAAGCCAUCUCAGAGCGGUUCACGAAACUCGCUGCCCCCGGCCAGCAGAACGGCAAGAACCCCAGCAUCGCAGCGAACAUUGCAAACACCGCCCCAAAGCUCGAGCUGUCCGCCAAUAUGCACGGUUCCCUGCGGCUGGCGAUCGCGACGGACGCGCUGCGCAUCUCCAGCGUGUGGACCGAUCUCGUCAACCCGUCGCUGGAUCCGGGGCAGUUGUCGCAGGGCGAGUUGGAGCAGUUGCCGAGUGAGCGGAUGCGGGCGCUGCCCAGCGAUGACGAGGCGGGGUGGGCGCGGGUGCGGAUCGAUGGGCGGGAUUGGGGAAGGGUGUUGAGUGUGGGGAGGUUGAGUCCCAGGGUUGUUGCUUGUUUCGUCCACGAGACGGCGCUGAUCCUUUACGUCUAUCUCCCCGGGACUUUCAAUGAGGAGGACUCGUGUCUAACGUACUAUAUGAACUCAUAUGCGGCUUGA